UGAAUUUCCACAAAGUUUCCUUUUCUCUUGCAGCGUAUGUUUUAGGCAACAAAAGCCCUUUAUCUGGAGGACUCAUGACUUUUGGGUCUCUCCGUAGUGUGAUGUAGAGAAGUGGGUUAUUCUGGGUUGUGUGAUUUUUCUAUCAAACGAGUGUUAGAUCAUUGGAAGAAUUUAGGGGGUGGGUCUUUCUGGGUUUUGUGAUUUUUCUAUUCAAUUCGAAUCUUUUAGCCAUUUUCUUUUUACUUUGAAGUGGGUUCAAGAAAGAGGGUCCUCUUGGAUUUUCUCGGAAAAUUGGGUAUCAUAGCAGUUUCUCUCGAAACAAACCUUCAGUUCUCUGUUUCUAUGGUUCUUCUGAUUCUUGGAGCUUUAGGUCUCUGUUUUUCAUAACAGACAAUGAGAUUGAUCAUGACUUGUUUGUUUGAUUGUCUCUUUGAGUUUUAGUCUAGUGUUGAUUGCUGAUAUAAAUUGAGGGUUUUUUGAGAUUCUUUAGCAGAUUUGAACCAAGAUUAUUGUUUUUUUUUUGGAUGAGAUUUUCUAGGCUAAGAUGGCCUCUUUCAGUGGAUUAGGUAUUGGUUUGAGUUUUGUAUUUGGGUGCAUCCUCUUUGCCCUUGUCGGAGAGCUUUACUAUUUGUUGUGGUGGAAGAGAAGACCCACCAACAGAAGAGGGAUUGCAGAUCAUCAUUACACCCACCAUGCCAAAGAGCUUUCCUAUCUCUUGUUUUUCUGGAAGAAACCCAGUUGUUUGGGCACUAGGAAAUCUGAUCAACAAGUCACCAAUUCAGUGACAGACCCAGAUGCCAACAAUGGGCAUGAACCAGACCUUGAGUUGGGUUCAACCAAGGACUUGCUGAGGAAAGGCUUUGGCGAGGAAACUGUGGAGUCAGAGCUCAUGAGGCUGCACAAUCUCUGCGGCCCACCAAGGUUUCUCUUCACAAUCAAGGAAGAAACAAAGGAAGAUUUGGAGGCUGAUGAUGUGAAAUCAAGAGGGGAUAGAAGCAGAAAAGGGUCUAGAAAUAAAAGCCUGAGUGACCUUCUUGUUGCUGUUGAGACCCCAAUUCUCACCCCCUUGGCUUCACCAACAUUGAAGCCUCAUAACCACCGCUUGGAUUCUUAUAAUCAACAUGGGUUCAACUUCAAUCCUCUCUUUGAAUCAUCAACAGAGGUGGAGAUGAACUGGUGGAGAUCUUCACCCCCUCCAAAGUUCAAGUUCUUGAGGGAUGCUGAAGACAAACUUAUGAGAAGAUUGACGGAAGAAGCAGAAAAAAGGUCCUUUAAAGUCCAAGAAUCUGUGGCUACAGAAGAGAGAGAUGGUUCUUUUAUUAGAAUCAUUGUUGGGGGGAAGAACAGAGAAAGAGAGCUCAAUCAACAAGUUCCACAGUCCCAUUCAAAUACUUCACAGGUACUUCCACUGGCUUCAUCCCCUUCAACAACAUUCAGAUCACUUGAUAACAACAAACCCAUACAGCAAUAGAUCUUCAUGAACCAACAUGAAUGGGUUUUGUAUUUUUUUUUCCUUUUUUUAUUUUUGUUGUUUAUUGGAAUUUACAGGUUCAUUACAUCUAUGUAUUUAUUCUAAAUUCCUAAUGGAGAAUAGAGGUUUGUUUGUAGGCUUUUGAUCUCUCUUAGUUCUUUGGUUGUUGGGUAAAAUAUAGCGAUGUCGUAAUCAGCAACAUCUAUGGGCAAAGUACCUUGAGUUUUCAAGGCAAAACAAAUUAACCUUCUUUUGCAAA